AUGUCGAUGUUCGAUGCAAAAACGAGAACGAGUCGUCAUCCACCGCCGCUGCCGGACCCGUGCGGUGUCGAAUACCCGAGAGCAGCCAGUUGGGCGUCAGGGUCCUGUGCUGCUGUGCUCAAGGAUGAAAAAGGAUGUCAGCUAUUUCGCUGUUUUUUGUUCGAAUCUUUGGCCGAGGAGAAUCUAUCGUUUCUCGAAGCUGUCGACAAACUGAAAAAGAUGAAGAACAGUAAUGAAAAGAAGAAAAUUAAAGAUACUGUAGAAUCCGAAAAUGUCGAUCCGGAAGAAUUUGCUCCAGCUGUCAAGGAGGUGAAACGACUUUUAGAAAACGACCAGUUUCCGCGUUUCCGACGUUCUGAAAUCUAUCUGAAUUUUCUCGAAAAACUUCUUCCAAGAGCGUACGCCGAGCGUUGGAUGACAAGCUUCGAAGCAUUGCUUGGUAAUCAGGUGGGACGUCAUCAUUUUCGCUUGUUCCUGCGUGAAAUUCAUGCCGAGGAAAACCUACGAUUCUGGGAAGCCGUCGUGGAAUUCCGCGGAAUGAAGAAUAAAAGCACCGCUCAGCUGAACGCUGGGAAAAGUUGUCUCAACACUUUUCUUGCUGAAGGUGCCAAUAAUGAGGUAUUUCUGCCCUUUGGUGUUCGACAGGUGAUCGAAAAGAAAAUUCAUGAGAAGGAUGUCGAUAUCUCACUCUUUGACGAAGCUAUUAAACAUGUGGAACAGGUCCUUCGAAACGAUCCAUACGUGCGUUUCUUACAAAGCCCGCAAUAUUUGAAUCUGCUGGCAAAGCUUGAGAAUUGA